AUGGAGAAGUCGGGCUCGUCGUCCUCCUGCACAGGGCAAUCAUUCUUCGAGGGCCUUACGAAUUUCCAAAACUAUCUGGACACCCUUCCCACAACCUCCUCAUUCGACGGCGCUAAGCUUGUCGCUAUCAUGGACACCUUCCAAGAACCUUUCGUACAUCAUUUCCACCAUGAGAUUUCCACUAUCGCCUCCUUUGCGAGCCUGCCUAACGCUCCUUCCGCCGACUCUCCAGAAGCCUCUGCUGCCGCUGCGACGUUCAAGGCUUGGGGAAAGAAGACUCUCACCAAGGCCGGCAUGAUUGAUGUCGUACCCUUCGCUCUCCUCAAUCUAGACAGAACAUUUGAAGAUGGCAUAUGGACUGCUUGGCCACCUAUGCCUGGUCCUGUCAGAUGGAUGAUGGUCAACAUGUUCGGCAGCUGGAAUUGGUCUUGGUGGAAGUUUGCAAGCUGCGAUGCUCAAGGCAAUCCCAAACCACUGUAUGCACACAAAGACCACCACAUCUUCUCCAAACUCUUGGAACAAGUCUCAACUUUGACACAACAGCUCAAAGAGCGCGACGUCAAGAUAGAGAACCUCACCCAAACCCUCAAACGUCUCGAAGAGUCCAGACGAUCCUUUACCUGCGGUUGUAAGCGCGUGUCUAAUUACACCGAUGACAAACGCAAUACACCGCCAGCUGGGAUGCAAGAACCUCUGAAGUACGAGGAACCAAUCAACCCUCUUCUCCCGCCACAUUUUAGCGAGACCUGGGAAUGGGAUUGGAGGUACAACGACGAUUUUGAUUGGUACAAGUGGGCAGAUCCAUUCGUCGUGCUUGCCAAAAAAAAAACAUUGGAGGCGGCACUGGCUGCCGAUCCACUUACCUCUGGUCUAAAGAUUGAGCUUUAUUCUGUCGGAGACGAAAUGCGACCGCACGGGAACUUGGCCUUCUAUGCAAUUUUCCUGCAGGAUCAGGCUUACUCUAAAGAGCUGGAUACCAGGUUGCAUGAAAUGAUGGAUACCUGUGCAGUGAGGUGGAAAGUCGAGAAAGUGGAAAUCAGGUAUCUGGUCUGGAACGAUGAGAUCGAAGAUGCUAUUUCCGAUGAUGAACAAACCGAGGACCUGAUGGAAACGAUGAUCGGUGAUAUUCGAAUGAAGAUCUUCAGAGAAGCGCAUGAUGCGGGUUUAUUCAAAUCCGAGUCUGAAUUUUGA